UAUGGGUGGGAACACUCAGUUCCCAAAAAGAAAAGGCUCCCACCAGUGAAAAGGUCUCUGGUGUACUACCUGAAAGGUAGAGAGGUCAGGAUGCAGAAUGAGUCCAGCUAUCAACAUGUGUUGCACGGAUAUGCAGCCCAGCAGCUUCCCAGCCUCCUGAAGGAGAGAGAAUUUCAUCUCGGAACCCUUAAUAAAGUGUUUGCCUCCCAGUGGCUGAACCACCGGCAAGUGGUGUGUGGGACAAAAUGCAACACAUUAUUUGUAGUAGAUGUCCAGACUGGUCAAAUUACCAAGAUUCCUAUUCUGAAAGAUCGUGAACCCGGCAUGGUGAAUCAGCAGGGAUGUGGUAUUCAUGCCAUUGAGCUGAACCCCUCGAGGACCCUUCUUGCCACAGGUGGAGACAACCCCAACAGCCUUGCAAUUUAUCGUCUGCCUACACUUGAUCCUGUCUGUGUGGGAGAUGAUGGACAUAAGGAUUGGAUAUUUUCAAUUGCAUGGAUCAGUGAUACUAUGGCUGUUUCCGGUUCCCGGGAUGGCUCGAUGGGUCUCUGGGAGGUCACAGAGGAUGUGUUGUCCAAAAGUGAUGCCAGGCAUAAUCUCUCUCAAGUUCCUGUCUAUGCCCACAUAACACACAGGGCUCUGAAGGAUAUCCCCAAGGAGAACACCAAUCCUCACAACUGCAAAGUCCGAGCGUUGGCUUUCAACAAUAAGAACAAGGAGCUGGGAGCUGUGUCCCUAGAUGGAUAUUUUCAUCUUUGGAAAGCAGAACACACGCUGUCAAAGUUACUUUCCACAAAGUUGCCAUACUGCAGAGAGAACGUAUGUUUGGCUUAUGGUCAGGAGUGGUCAGUGUAUGCAGUAGGAUCACAGGCACAUGUCUCCUUCCUGGAUCCCAGGCAGCCUUCUCACAAUGUCAAAUCCGUCUGUUCCAAAGAACGAGGCAGUGGUAUUCGAUCGGUGAGCUUCUAUGAACACAUCAUCACAGUGGGCACGGGGCAAGGCUCCUUGCUGUUUUACGAUAUCAGAGCCCAGAGGUUCCUGGAUGAAAAGAUCCCACGUGCCUGCUAUGGACAGAAGCAGAGAUUAGGAGGAAGUGAAAUUUUGAAGUUGGCAACUGGGAAAGGCUGGCUGAAUCAUGAUGAAACCUGGAGGAAUUAUUUUUCUGAAAUAAAUUUCUUCCCAAAUGCUGUUUACACCCACUGCUACGACUCGUCUGGAACGAAACUCUUUGUGGCAGGAGGCCCCCUUCCAUCAGGACUUCAUGGGAAUUACGCUGGUCUUUGGAGCUAGUGACGUCUCUUUAUAAAUGCUGAUCUUGACACAGAUUUCCACUCCUUUUCCUUUUUUUAACAACAGAAUUGUGUGAUGUCAUUGAUUUCUGAUUUAAAUGCAAGUUGUUUUUUGGCAGAGUUUUCUGUUGGUCUCCAACAGUUUUGUAUAUCUUUUUGAAACAGUUUUUUGCUUUAACCACCUUGAUCCUUUAUACGAAGGGUUUUUGAAAUCCCUUUUAUUGUAUUUACUCCAAAUGACUCUUCCCCCGCAUUUAGGCUAUCUCGGCCAUGUGCCCCCUCCCCUACUUUGCUGUGAGGUAGGAUUCCUUUCUUACGGAGUGGUUGCUCCUGGGCUUUCUGUGAAAGUCUAGGGGCUGCGUGUGUGCAGGUACUUUGUGUCAGUUACAUUACCUGGAGUGAGGACUACUUGUAAUUAAAAAAUAUUAAAAAUAUUUAUAAGAGGAAAAGCUACUACUUUAUCUGCAGAGCCUGGCCCUGGCCUGGGUUGAUCUUAUUUUUUAAAAGUACAAGUCUAAUGACACUGUUUAUACGUAGAGGAAUCCGGUAAUUUUGAGCUGUACUCAUUGGAGCCCAGGGACAGAUUCCCCAGGGUUAUUGCCCACCAAGCCUGAACUGCAGAAGCACAGGAGUUUUCAAAAGUGCAUUUGUAUUUGCAUUGUAGUUUUCAGCAGUGCCAGGAGCAAAAAUUGAUCUGUUUCUUUUCUGCCUGUCCUAGAUAUCAGCUUGCACAACUGGAGUUUGCGCAGGCUGUUCUGCAGCGUGGCUACUGCAGGGUGACACAGGGUAACCUUACACUGAGGGCCUGCAGAGGUGCUGAGGGGAGUUGGGGGCUAGGGCAUGAGUGUU